UGGUGUGCAUACGGAACGUGCGCUGUGACAAACUUCCGUCAGGAAUUGGACUACAAAUAUUCCCGGAUCGUCGGAUUCUUUUUUUUCGGUUGGUUGGGCUCUUCCAGCACCCUGUCUGUGAACUCCGGCCGCGGCAGGACUCGCUAAAACAGCCGCUUGUUGGAAAAGCUGAGCAUAAAUGCGCCGUCCGCCAGCAGAAUGAGUCUACGGGAAAUCAGUGAGAACGUGAAGCUGGCCCGGGAAUACGCCCUGCUGGGAAACUACAGCUCAGCUAGCGUUCUCUAUCAUGGGCUGCUUGAACAAAUCAAGAAGUAUGUGUACACAAUGGGAGACAGCAGUUUUCAGCAGAGAUGGCAGCAGCUGUGGCAAGAAAUCAGUGAAGAGAAUCAACAAGUUCAGGACAUAAUGUCAACUCUAGAGAACUUUCAGCUGGACACGACACCUGCCAAACCGAGCAGCCACGAUGACUUUGAAAUAAGGCCUUUGCAUGUGGAGCAGAGACAUUCUCCCUGUCCUGUCAGGCGUCCUUCGAACCCUUAUAAAGACAGCAAACCUCCAAACAACCGCCUGAGUGUGGCUGUGAAGGCCCAGCAGAGGCACCUGCCCCGAGGAGCCAAUGGCGACAGAAGCAGGCCUUCCAAGGGCAAAGAAAAGAGAGAACCCAAAGAGGCUGCCAGCAAAGCAAAGGAUGAUAAGAACAAGGGCGAUGUCCAGGAGAAAGAAGCAAAGAGGUUUGAUGGGGCAGGAUAUGAUAAAGACCUCGUGGAAGCUCUGGAGAGGGAUAUUAUAUCUCAAAAUCCAAAUAUUAAAUGGGACGACAUUGCAGACUUGGAAGAUGCAAAAAAACUCCUCAAAGAAGCAGUCGUACUGCCGAUGUGGAUGCCAGCUUUUUUUAAAGGAAUACGGAGACCCUGGAAGGGUGUACUUAUGGUGGGACCUCCAGGCACAGGGAAAACACUUCUGGCUAAAGCGGUUGCCACCGAAUGUAGAACCACGUUCUUCAACGUCUCCUCAUCGACUCUGACCUCUAAGUACAGAGGAGAGUCUGAGAAGCUGGUUCGCCUUCUCUUUGAAAUGGCACGUUUUUAUGCUCCCACCACGAUCUUCAUUGAUGAAAUUGACUCGAUGUGCAGCCGCAGAGGAACCUCAGAGGAGCAUGAAGCCAGCAGGAGAGUGAAGGCAGAGCUGCUUGUGCAGAUGGAUGGUGUUGGUGGAGCGUCUGAGAACGACGACCCUUCAAAGAUGGUGAUGGUCCUGGCUGCCACCAAUUUUCCGUGGGACAUUGACGAGGCUCUGAGGAGGCGCCUGGAGAAGCGGAUCUAUAUUCCUCUUCCUUCAACCAAGGGGCGAGUGGAGCUGCUCAAGAUUAACCUGAGGGAGCUGGAGCUGGCCAGCGACGUGGACUUGGACAAGAUCGCAGAGCAGAUGGAGGGUUAUUCAGGAGCUGACAUCACUAACGUGUGCAGGGAUGCAUCUCUGAUGGCCAUGAGGCGAAGGAUCGAAGGCCUCACACCAGAAGAGAUCCGUAACAUUUCCCGGGAUGAGAUGCACAUGCCCACCACCAUGGAGGACUUUGAGUCGGCUCUGAGGAAAGUGUCCAAAUCCGUUUCUGCAGCUGACCUGGAGAAGUACGAAAAGUGGAUCGAAGAGUUCGGCUCCUGCUGAUAAAAGUUUCAGCGAGCAGUUUAGUGUGAGGCUUCAUGUUCCUCAAACAGUGGUGUGUGUGUGUGUGUGUGUGUGUGUGUGUGUGUGUGUGUGUGUGUGUGUCACGCUGAGUGCAUUCCUGAAUCAGCAGGCAGGUUUAUUAACAAUUGGAGCACCUGAAAAAUGGCAACUCUUCCUUUUGUAAAUGUGGACCUUGAAGCGUGUCUAAAGAAGAACGUGAUGGGUGAUACAAUUCAUGUUUGGACUCUGUGAAAUCAUUUCAGAUUGAUCCUGAACGUGCCAUCAAAAAUGUUAAUAAAUCAGAUGUAGCUACAGGAAAAACUGACAAUAUGGAGGCAGCAUUUCCCGAAACACACUAAGUGCCAGAAAUGUUAUAUUAUUUUGUCAUGUUGUGGUUUUUUUUUUUUUUUUUUUUUGUGUUCUUCUGUUGCACUUGAUGUUAUUUUGAACCAUAUGGUUCUUUAACACUUUCUUUCUUAUGAACAUUAAACUAAGAAGCCAUUUCUAUAAAUAAAUUAUUUAAUAACAUUGCCGUAUGUGUAAGU